AUGGGACUUGGCUCAACAGAGAGGAUUGAUGAAGAAGAAAGAACAGAAGGAGUCGUCGUAGUAGUAGAAAGACAAGAUUCAAGAGAACAUGAUCAGGUGGGAGAAGGCACGUGGAAACACGCAGCGUUUCAUGUUGCCACCACGAUUGCAACUCCUGCUGCUUAUGCUCCUUUACCUUUCGCUCUUGCUUCUCUUGGAUGGCCCCUUGGGGUGAGUAGUUUGGUAGGGGCAACAAUGGCCACGUGGUAUUCGAGUCUAUUGAUUGCGUCUUUGUGGAGAUGGAAUGGGAAGAAGCAGAUUACAUAUAGGCAUCUUGCACAAAGCAUCUUUGGAUUCUGGGGUUACUGGUCUGUUGCCUAUUUUCAGCAGGUGGCUUCUUUGGGCAAUAACAUUGCCAUUCAAAUUGCUGCCGGAAGCAGCCUCAAGGCUGUUUACAAGCAUUAUCACAAGGACGGUACACUGACCUUACAGCACUUCAUUAUCUUCUUUGGAGCCUUUGAACUUUUUCUCUCUCAACUCCCUGAUAUCCACUCAUUGAGAUGGGUCAAUGCAUUGUGUACGUUUAGCACGAUCGGCUUUGCUGGCACAACAAUUGGUGUGACAUUAUAUAAUGGUAGGAAUAUGGAUAGAAAAUCGGUUAGUUAUAGUGUGCAAGGAAGCUCCUCUUUUAAGAGAUUUAAAGCCUUCAAUGCUCUGGGAGCAAUUGCCUUCUCAUUUGGCGAUGCGAUGCUUCCAGAAAUACAGAACACUGUAAAAGAGCCUGCAAAAAAGAACAUGUAUAAAGGUGUAUCAGCAGCAUACAGCGUCAUUAUCUCGACUUACUGGCUAUUGGCAUUUUGUGGAUACUGGGCAUUUGGAUCAGAAGUCCAGCCUUACAUCUUGGCUUCUCUGACUAAUCCAGAAUGGACAAUUGUUAUGGCAAAUCUCUUUGCAGUUAUUCAGAUAUCAGGAUGCUAUCAGAUAUAUUGCAGGCCAACGUAUGCCUACUUCGAGAACAACAAGCUCUGGAGCAAGAUUGCCAGCCAUUUCCCUCUCAAAAACUGCCUAAUUCGGCUGGUUUUUACCUCCAUUUACAUUGUUCUCAUCACCCUCAUUGCUGCAGCAAUGCCCUUUUUUGGUGACUUUGUAUCCAUAUGUGGUGCCAUUGGGUUCACUCCGCUGGAUUUUGUUUUCCCUGCCGUAGCAUAUUUGAAAUCUGGAAGAAUGCCAAAAAACACGGAGCUUCGCAUUUCAGUGCAGCUCCUUAAUUUAGCAAUAGCUACCUGGUUCUCAGUUGUUGCAAUAUUAGGUUGCAUUGGUGCUGUCAGGUUUAUUGUGGAAGACAUCGAGACCUACAAGUUCUUUCAUGACAUGUAA